ACCUCCCACCACUGUCUCCCCCAGCCCCACCACUCUCCUCUAAUCUUUGCUUUCCCAUAAUUAAACAUCAACCCUACUUUUCCUUUUUCUAUCUUCAAUUCUUUUUAGUAAACUGUUUGUUUGUUCUGAGCCUCAUGAUCUCACCCACCAUUGUUUUGUCAAAAAGCUAGCAACCCACAUAUCUUCAGAUGCUCACUAUGACAAGCAACAUUGAGUUAGCAGAUGUCUGCUAAUUUCAAACAUUGUGAAAUGGAUACCCAAGAGCUACCCAAUUGUUCUUGAUCUCCAUGUUCCUGUUUUCAGAUAGUAUCAGAAUUUUGGUUAGUCUAAAGAGCAAUUUUGCAGAGAAUUGCAGGAAUUUCUACAGGUCUUUGAUAAAGGAUAAGAUCAACUAGUCUUUUGCUGAACUGGCUCAAUCCGGUUAUUUCAAGCCUGAUAUGUAAACUAUCCCCCGAACCUAGAAACUGUCAGCUAAAUCAUGAACACAUACUUUGACCUUGAAGUGGAAGCCUCCUCAGCAAAUGACUCUGAUGUUAGCAGCCAAGUUGCUUCUAACAUCUCCAUCCAAGAAACAUCUGCUAAUACCUCCAAUGACAGCGCCGCCAACUCCACAAAUCCCAUUGCAGCUCAACAAGCGUUGGAGCCUGUUUCCCUUGACUUAACUCUUAGCUUCAGUAAUGAGGACUUAGUGGGAAGGGAUUCUGUAGGACUCUCAUUGUCAAGCACAAGUGAGAGCAGCAAUGAACCUGCGUCUCAAAACACAACAGCAGCCACUCCAAGACUUUUCUCUUGCAAUUACUGUCAAUGCAAGUUCUUGAGCUCACAGGCUCUUGGUGGUCACCAGAAUGCACAUAAGAAAGAAAGAACGCUGGCAAAGCGCGCUAUGCGAAUGAGUAUUUUCUCUGAGAGAUACACAAGCAUAGCGUCGUUGCCUCUGCACGGAUCUUCAUUCAGGUCUCUAGGAAUAGAAGCACACUCAUCAGUGCAUCAAGGGUUUGCAGCACCAGUGAGGCCUGCUGAGAUUGGAAGCAGUGCAAGAUUUGAACAGGGGUAUUUGGGGGUACCCAUUUUCUUGGUGGAUGAUGGCACUGAGCUGUUAUGGCCUGGUAGUUUCCGUCGGGCUGCUGAGACAAGUAACACUCAUCCAAGUUUUGUACUGACUCAUGAAAGUUCAAAUUCAAAUUUUGUAGAGGUCACACCGCCCGUGGACGUAGAGACCAAGUCUACACCAGAUCUCACACUGAAACUUUGAAAGGUUUGGUUUUGCAGGACACAUAGCACAACUCUGGGAUUUAUGUCUGUUGUUCUCUAAAUUUGUACAGAGAGAUACACAUGAGCUACAUGGCUGCAAGUUUUUAUUCUUUCAAUUUCUUUUUGUUUGCAGCGCUUUGGUGUGUUACCUUUUCCGUGUAUAAGAGCUCUAUGAGGAUCAUUUGUGAGCUCCUUUGCUUAUUGUGAUAUAAAUGUUCCUAGUUUGGUCCA